UUUGUGAGUAUGUUGUUAUUGUAUUGUACACAUGUAAACACAGCCAUGUGCCCAGUCUCACUAUUACUAUUUAUAUCACAACACUGCUGCUUAUCUCACUGUAGGCGUGCCGUUGUCCUUAUAGGCUUAAUGGCUGUCCGGGGGGAUAUUUAACUGGGUCAGAUCGGGUCUUUAACACAAUAUAAAUGCCAUUCAUAAAAUUAAUUUAAAAAACAGGAAUUGAUUUUAGAAUCUCAAUGAAGUGGAUUCAAAACUUUUAAAAAUAUUUGUGCGUGUGGAAUGUAGGCGCAUUUGAAAUCAAACAGAUUACCGAACGCACUUUUUCAUUGUAUCACGUGACUAGUUACAGCAACACGAUCAUGUGACCAUUCAAAAUGGUGGACGUAAACAUAUCGUUCCUUUAUUUUGUGAUAGUUUCCAUGUGCGUUUCUGUUACUUCCCUUAACAUCUCGAAGCAACAGUACACCAAUCUACGAAUAUUUGAUACGUUUAGGGUGCCAAGAACUCAAGCUAAAGCGGGUAAAUUUCCACCAAGCCAUGUAAACUCGUGGUCGGUAGCUGUAGGGAAUGCGAACUUGGGUUAUGAUAAUCCAGGCCCCCUUUCAGGAGCGCAAAAAACGACAUUAAACGACGGAGAGAUAGUUGAAUAUACACCAGGUUCCCAAGCGCCCCACUUUACCAUAUGGGGUAUCAAUGGAAAGGUCGUUUAUCCAAGCAAAAUGUUUUCGAAUUCUCCUAUUAUUGUACACGUAUUCGAUCCAUAUUCGGGGUUUGUCGAAUGCAUGUGGACAUCGAAGGAAGGAUUGAAGCCUUUAGUCACAUCGGGAGUUUUGAAUUCAACACAUUUUAUUUUUGUCCCAAAAUCAGCGGAGAUGCAUGAACUUUAUGGGGCUUCGUGGAUGAGGGACCGCAUUCGUCAGACACUUCGAAAUAUCGGCAUGAGUAGGGCAGAUGAUGCUUUUGUGAUGGAGAAAAUCCAUAUUUCUGUUGUUCCCCUUGACAAACUUGGUAACUGGAUUCCAGAUGCAUUAAGCCAGUGGCAUUGUGUAGAUCACCUUUGUGGCUACGAUCAAGUUGUUGUCCGAUCUAAUGCAUCACAAUUUCCAGUUGUGGGUAAGAGAUUGGAUGCCAGGUAUGACUGGUUGCCAAGUCCAUCAAGCGUUUUUGGGAACAAGACACUGUCAAUGGUUAGAGCCGAUACAGGCUGUGAAAGCAUAGGAUCUGUGAAGGGAUCCAUUGCUCUGGUUACUUCAGGAAACUGUUCCUUCUUCCAAAAGGUUCAAACAAUGCAGAGGUCAGGAGCUAUUGGUGUUGUUGUGUUUUCUAAUAAAACUGAAACUGUACAGGAAUUAACCUGUGAUAAUCAGUGUGAUACUCCUCUAUCUAUACCAGCUACAAUGGUGGAGUAUAGCGGUGUAUAUACUGGAGAUGAAAGACUAAACAUAAGUUUCCAGAACACUCCCUCUGAGAACUUUUUCCUGUCGGUGGACCAGGCAGGGAAACUGGCAGAGGUUGGUUGGUUCCUGUAUCCGUCUGUGGACUUCCUGGUGUGGCAAGCUCAGUGGUUUGAAUACAGAGCUGAACUUGACAAAAAACUUCAGACCCCAGCUACCAUAGUCAGUAUCUUCACAGAAAAAAUUAUGCAGGGGAAACAGGGUGUGGUAGUUAAUGUUACACUGCCAGAUUUAACAGAUUUACAAAAGUUUUCCAAGAUGGAAUUGGAUAUGUCUCUGUCAUGUCCGGGGACCAUGGAUACGGAGUGUCCUCACUGGGAUCACACCAUCAACUUGUAUGUGUGCUGUGACCCUGGAUCGCCUCUGUGUGGUAUGGAACUGGGACGCUGGAUAAGUGCCUUCCGACGGAGGAUUGGCCGCUGGACGACUGAUGUCUCCCCUCUUCUUCCACUUCUCACAAGCUCUACAUGUGUGUUCAACAUGAAAACUGAGCCCUGGGCAAUGCCUUGGAAGCCAUCACUGAAUCUAAGGUUUUCCCAGCCAAGGGGGUCAGGUGACAUGUUUCCAGCCAAGGUCACAGUGUUGUAUGAACCUGGAGCUACAUUUGAUAAAUCUUACAACUCACAUUUUAAGUCACACAAGUUCACAGUGCCAAAUGAUGUCAAAAGGGUAGAGGUAUUUGCCGUUAUCACUGGACAUGGAAGUGAUGAAAAUGGUUGUGGAGAGUUUUGUGUGACAUCCCACCAUUUUAAAGUGAAUAAACACGUAAACAACAUCACCUUUAGUAAUGCAGGUACUCCCCUAGGAUGUGCAGACCAAGUGCCACAUGGAGUUGAGCCGAAUGAGCACGGCACCUGGUUGUACGGAAGGAACGGCUGGUGUGAUGGGCAGAAUGUAUUACCAUGGGUGAUAGAUGUCACAGACCAGCUAGGACCACCAGGGACAGAUAACGUCCUGUCCUAUUUUGGCUGGUACAAUGGUACUGAUCCCAACCCUAAACAGAAUCCUGGGAUCAUUAUUUUGUAUUCCUAUUUGGUGUAUUAUAAGGAAUUCAUACUAUAAAUAUUGUCAGUGUAUCCUGUUAGUCAGAUAAAGUUUACCAAUGACCCAUUAUAAUCAAUUGUUGUCCAUUGCUCUCUAAAUAAUUUACAUUUUCAACUUCCUUUCAGUAACCCCUGAACAAAUUAUAUUGCAAUUUGAAAUAAUUCAAACUGGGUUAGAAUUUUCAGUGUGGGAUGGCAGUUUGAUGCUCUGCCACUAUUGACCUUGAUUGACCCCCAGGAUUUGAUGGGCAUGCUCAAAUGGCUCAAAUUUAAAUUAAAAAAAAAAAUUCUUCUCAAGACCCAGAUAUUGUCAAAACAAAUACUCUCUGUAGGUGGAAGUGCCUUAAGUGCUUCACACAAAUUAUGAAUUUCAUGACACUGGGGUCUAAUGUUUUCCCCUGGGAGGGGUGAAACUGACUAUUGUUUAUAUGGGGGAAAAUCAUAUUUUUGAGCUUCAUUAAAACUUUGUUAGAUUAUUAGUAUGUGAUGGCAAUUUGAUAGUAUGCACAUAUUUUUCUCCCUAGAUUACCACCAGGGGCUCAUGGGCUUGGGCAAAAUGGGUCAAAUUGAAAUAUAUCAUAACUCAGAUGCUAUUGAGGCCCUAUGGGCCUCUUGUUUCAUUCAAAAAACUAUUGUAUUGAGUUGAAAGGUCUUUAAGAAACUACAGGAUCAACACGCAUCAUCACCCAACUUAUCAUGUCUGUUACCUUUAAAGGCAGGUAAAUUAUAUUUUCAUACUAUAGAUGUGUUAAAAAAAAUCCAAAUUGUUCUCAACAGUGUUGAUAUUAAAAUAUCAGUUAUAUCUUUACUAUACAUAUCUGCAUAACAAUAUUUUCAAUCAUUUUCAUAUUAAGCAAUUUUUUAUAUAUAUAUGUACAUAAGCCUAGGACUAUUUUAUAUCCUACAUAAGCAUAAAGAUAGAGAUAUUCAUAAGCAUAUAUAGUUAUAAUAUUCAACAGGAAAUAGUUUAUUUAAUUAUGAAUGUGUUUUUUUGUACUUUUUUGCGACUUUUGUACUUAAUUCAACAUGGGUAUGCCAUUUCUAUAGGGAUAUAUGGUUGAAAACAAUUACUCGUUAACUCACCUAUGAGUGUAAUGCAAUCUACAGGGAUAAUGUUUAAAUACAACUACGCAGAAAGUGUGUUAAUUUACCUGUGAAUGUAAUGAUGUACAUUAUGAUUUUGUUAAAUUGAUAGAUAAUUAACAUUCCAUUAAUUUGAUGAAAUUGAUAUAUUCUGUUGUUGCCACACUUACCCACAGCCUAUUUAUAAUGAUUACAAUAUUGUGCUGUCCCCCAAAAUAACAGAAGGCUGCCAAGGUUGGGUCCCUGUAGUUCGCCUCCUUUGUCUCCUCACACAUGAGAGCUGUCUCCAUCUGAUCUCCAGUAGGUUGCAGUUUACCUCCUUAAACCGGAGACAAAGUCUCAGUUGACCUAUCGUGAUAACCUUUGGCGUGAUGGAAUGAAGGGCUACCAAAUUUGUUCAAUUUGAUGACCUUGACCAUCACUGAAGGUUAGGUGUAAAAUAUACAAAAAUCUUAACUUCUUCUUGAUAACAAAGAGGCCCAGAGACCUGCAGUUGGGUUUGAAGCAUGCUGGGAUGACCAUGACGUUCAUUCAAGGUAACUGGGGUCAAAUACCUUGAAAUCUUUUUAAUAAUCAACAGGCCAAGAGACCUGAUAUUAAGUUGUAUCGGUUUUGUAUCAUGUUUGGAUGAAGAUCUACCUAGUGUGUUCAAAUGGAUGACCUUGACCAUCAUUCAAGGUCACAGGGGUUAAAUAGGCUAAAAGCUUUUAAAUGACUUCUUCUCAUUAAGAAAGAUGCCAAGAUAACUGAUAUUGGGCCUAUAGCAUGCUAGGGUGACAAGCUAUCAAGAUUGUUGAAUUGAAUGACCUUGGCCUUCAUUCAAGGCCACAGGGGGCAAAUUUGCUAGAAUCUUUACAUGAAUUCUCACUAAGCAAGAGGCCCAGAGAACUGAUGUUUGGUCUUUAGUAUGCUGGAGUGAACAACAUUGACCUGAAAUUCAAGGUCACAGGAAUCAUAUCCUAACAAAAUAGGUCAAAACGAAGGAGAUCUAUCUCCAUCUGAUUUCCAGUUCAGGCAGUUCACCUCCUUAAAUUUUAUGUGUCCAUACAGGGGAGCUCUAUCUCCAGUAGCAUUUUUGUUUUGUGAAUCUCCAGUCUUUUUGUAAAUGUUAUGCUGAAGUCUACUGUUGCAAUUUCAUUUUUGAUACAAAUUUAAAAUCCUCAUGUUUCAGUUUUGUAUUAUAAAAACUGGUGAAUAAAGUAUAGAAUGAAA